CGGAGGGGGCUGUCGACGCUCUUUCCCUCUGUUUCUACCAAACUCGAACCAUAGGAGUUGGAAGUCUUUUCUGCUAGAGAGACUUCCUUGGCGACGCAUCUCUCCUCGCUUGGCGCGCUGGGUGUUGUGGGAAAAGAAAGCGGGACGGGCCUCGGAGGGCAGCUAAAGAGCGACACGGGUUCGCAGUCGCGCAGACCUGCCUGUUUUCCAAUACAUCCAUCAGAUGACUUCACCAAAUAAAGCAAUUGAGUUACAGUUGCAAAUACGACAAAAUGCCGAGGAACUUCAAGAUUUUGUGAAAGAUUUAGAAUGCUGGGAGAAGGAUAUUAAAGAAAAAGAUCAUGAUUUAAGGCUUCAGAGUGGAAUUGCAGAUAAAGAUUUACCCCCAAUUAGGAAUGAAGCAUACAAAAAGAAAAAGAGCAAAGUUAAAACAGUCUCAAAAAAAACAACGGAAGAAAACAAAAAGAACAAGAUAAAAUCUUAUGAUUAUGAAGCUUGGGGAAAGCUGGAUGUGGAUAAGAUACUUGAGGAACUUGAUCAGGAAGAUACAACUCAUGACUCAGUGUCAGAUUCUGAAGAAGAUGGAAUUCGUAUAGAUACAGAAAAAGCUCUUGCUGAGAAAGAAAAGGGCAAUACUUAUUUUAAACAAGGUAAUUAUGAUGCUGCAGUAGAAUGCUACACAAAAGGAAUGAAUGCAGAUCCUUACAAUCCAGCUUUGCCUACAAAUAGGGCAUCUGCCUUUUUUCGACUGAAAAAGUUUUCUGUGGCUGAAUCUGAUUGCAAUUUAGCACUUGCCUUAAACAAAAAUUAUACAAAGGCUUAUAGCAGAAGAGGGGCAGCUCGCUUUGUUUUGGGAAAUUUUAAGGGUGCCAAAGAAGAUUAUGAAAACGUUUUGGAAGUGGAUCCAAACAACUUUGAAGCAAAAAAUGAACUUCGGAAAAUUGAACAGGCUCUCUUGUUAAAAGAAAAUGGCCAGAUUGAAGAAACAGAUACCUUUAGGAAAGUGGAAAUUACAGAAGAAGAAAUGAAACAACUGGAGGAAGAGCAGCUAAAGCAAAAGGCUGUGGCAGAAAAAGAUUUGGGUAAUGGGUAUUUCAAAGAAGGUAAAUAUGAAAUAGCAAUAGAAUGCUACACACGUGGAAUAGCAGCAGAUGGCACCAAUGCACUUCUUCCAGCAAAUAGAGCUAUGGCCUAUCUAAAAAUUCAAAAAUACGAAGAAGCAGAAGAAGAUUGCACUCAGGCUGUGUUACUCGAUUCUUCAUAUUCUAAAGCCUAUGCCAGAAGAGGCAUGGCUAGAUCUGCCCUGGGAAAACUAAAAGAAGCUAUGCAAGAUUUUGAAACUGUCUUGAAGCUGGAACCUGGAAAUAAGCAAGCAAUAAAUGAACUAACCAAGCUUAAAAAUGAGUUAAUCGCAAAAGGUUUUUUGUCAGACACGGAAUAUUCUGGACUACCACAGAAUGAAUCAGAAGUACAAAAUCUGGUAAAACCCAUUGAUAAACCCUUGCAUCUGAGAUCAACUAAACCUUUAAGAAGAGUAAACAUUGAGGAAGUCAGUAAUGAUAUGCUAAGUGCAAAUUCGAUGGCCACCAGAGAGCCUGAGCCUAUUCAAUCUGUUUUUGCAAACCCAAAUGCAACACAGGAAUUAGUAUCUGCAAAGAAUCAAAGCAAGAAUUUAUCUUCUCCAUCUGGUACUCCCAAAGCAAAGCUGCUGAAAAUAGAAGAAAUUGGUGAUGCUUUGUUGACUGAAUCUAUUAGCACAAAUACUGUGAAAGAGAAACCAUCACUGCAAUCCUGUGCUAUAAAAAAGCAAGCUGAGACAGAAAACUACAUUCUUUCAUCUUUGUCUGAAUUUUCUGUGCCUCCAGUCCCUGUGAAUUCUUUCCAACUUGAAUCAGAUUUCAGAAAAUUAAAAGGUUACCCUGAUCAGUUGUAUACAUAUUUAAAGCAAAUUGAUCCUUCCCUUUAUCCUAAUCUCUUCCAAAAUUCAUUGGAUCCAGAUGUUUUUUGCCAAAUCUUGAAAAUUCUACAGGAUUUUUAUACUAAGAAAGAAGAACCUUUACUUAUCCUUGAAAUUCUAUGCAAAUUAUCAGCAUCCAAAAGAUUUGAUAUGGCAGUUAUGUUUAUGUCAGAAUCAGAGAAAAAAACUGUGCGUUCAUUAUUUGAUCAUUUGGAACAAUCUCAUUUGAAAGAUUCUACAAUUAAACAACUCAAGAUAAAAUACAGUGUUUGAGUCAAAGGACUUUUUGUAUCUGUGUAUAUAAAUACAGCGGAUUAUAUACUUUUUUGGAAGGACAGUUCCAUAUGGGCAAUUAUGACAAAGAGAAUUUCAAGUUCAUUCUGCUUUUCUGUUAUGAGUUGACCCACCAUGGCUUGCCUCAAUCUUACUUAUUUUUUCGUUUUGAACAUCCUGAAGAAACAAGAUUGACAGCUGUUAAAAUACUUAAUAAAUUCCAUUCUUUGUUUAUUAAUUGUGUGUUAAAAAUUAUGUAUUUUUGUUCUUAUAAAUAAAUUCACAGAUGUUAAA